CAUUGUUUUUGUAGCAUCUUUGAUUAACGUAUGGCCCCUCGUGUUGUCCAGUAGUGCAGCUUGUGGACUAGCUAUAGCUGCUUCGUCUCUAUAUAACUUGAACUCUAGCUAAUCCGCAUAAACUCUAUUAGCAAAGUUAGGUUUCUUAGCAUGCUCAUCUGCAAGUGAUCGAUCGAUGGCAUAUAGGAUUUACAUCUUUUUGAUAUCCAGGUAGCAAAUUAUUGCAUGGAGCUAGCUAGAUUUGCUUUAGUUGAGUACUAAUGAAUCCACAGCCAUAGUUACUCCUCACUUUCACCGUGCCACUAAUUUACAAUUAGCUUUGAUCAGUAGUAGACUAGUACUAGUAAUUUAAGUACACUAGUACUGUUGCAAGUUGCAACCAUGGACACCAUAUCUGGCAUGUUCCGGCCGGUGUUCGACCGGAUCAGGCCGUCCAUUGCUUCCGCCGCCGAGCUCAGCUUCAGCCGCGUCGUCAGCUUCACCGGCUCCUUCAACAGCCGGACCGGCCUGCUGGCGGCCGGCGACGGCGAGGAGGAGACGACGCCCGCGCAGACGGCGGCGUUCGACAUCGAGGCGCCAGCGACAGCGACGACACCAGAUCAAGCUGUCCGUGAUGAUGCCGCCGCUGCCCAGGAAGGGGAGGCUGCCGGCGCCGCCGCCGCCGACGACGACGCCGACGAGCCGAAGCGCGUGUCCAAGAUCGUCCAGACAGUCUGCCUGUUCGUCGCGUCGGCGUCGCUGGCCAUGUCCGUGAACCUCCCGGCGAGCGGGGCCGGCGGCGCGCUCUACGGCGCGACGCUGGCGUUCGUCUGCCUCGGCCUGUUCACCAGCCUCGGCCUGUUCACCAGCCUCGGCCUGUCCAUGUACACCAUCGUGUCCAGGCCCGGCGACGCCGCGGUGGCGAUGGUGCAGAAGUGGGCGAUGGUGCUCGCCAUGGCGUCCGUGCCCGCGUCGUUCACGCUGCGCCUGUGCGCCACGCUCCCCGCGGAGACGCUGGAGUCGGCGUGGCUCAUCUUCUUCCUCCUUGCCGGCGCCGCCGCGCUCUACCUCACGCUGGCGUGGAAGCUGGCCGGCGGUGUACGGGCCCAGCACCGGAGCGUCAACGAGGAGCGGGUCGCCGGCGACCAUGUCUAGCUCAAUGCACGUUGACGGACCGAGAUUUUUAAUUACUAGCUCAUAUCAUAGUACGACCAGACCAAACCCGGGACAUCGAGGAAUUUUACGGUAAUUUUUAUGGAAAUUCCUUUAGAAUUCUUCCAUGUCAAGAUAGGCCUGAGAUGGAAAUUGUGGCAUAGAUUUGAACAUAGCCGUGCUCAACAAAAUUAAGCAUUGGGGUAGAUAUAAACUGAUGUACUAUGAAAUAAGCGGAGGGAAAAAAAUCCGGCCGGGCGUAUGUACAGUUAUUUGCCGGAUCCCAUGUACAGAGUAAAUAUUACUACCACAUUUUCCUUUGUUUAAUGCACCUAUUUUCAAUAUUGCAGAAAUGUAAUAACAAGAUGUGGCAUGCACAAUUGCACGGCGAGCAUCCAUACAAAAUUUUCUAAUUCCU